AAGCUCUCACAUGCAGGCAGAUAUACAGCACAAACCACAUGCGGAUUCACAUAUACAAGGUGCUCUACAGAAAUUGGCACAUUUUAUUGCGUAGAAUCUUUAUUUUUUCAGCUAUAUUCCAAGAGCCACGUCCCGAUCAAUGGCGUUCAUCAACAGCAGUGAUGAGGAAAGGACUGACAGAUACGCAGUGGGCUCUCACCAGGAGAAUGUCCUAUUUGCCGCCUUUUACAUUGUGGUUUUCAUCCUCGCUGUACCGGGCAACAUCCUUGCUCUGUGGGUAUUUGUCCGAGACAAGAAUAAUACACCCGCGAAGGUCUUUCUGAAGAACCUGGCAGUGGCAGAUAUCUCUUAUUUGGCGAUGCUUCCCAUGCGUGUCGUCUAUCACCUCACGGACAACAACUGGCCACUCGGCGAAAUCCUCUGCCGCGUGCUGGGAUACCUGUUUUACCUCAACAUGUACUGCAGCCUCUAUUUCAUGGCUUUCAUCAGCCUUGACCGCUUCAUUGCCCUGGUUUUGCCGGUGAGAUCUGUGAAGUUGCGGAAGCCUCUGUACGCCAGCGUUGGCAGUGCCAUCCUGUGGCUCUGUCUCAUCGUGGUCACGAUGCCGCUGCUGCUGUCCCAACAGACCACGCAGGUAAACGACUCAAACUCCAGCAGGACCGUUUGCAGGCAGCUUUACCGCGAGAAGACGUCCCCCCGAGCACUGGUGUCCGCCGCCGUAGCCUUUUCGAUCCCGCUGGUCACCAUCACAGUUUCCUACAUUCUGAUCCUGCAUAGGCUGUGGAGCAGGGUGCACCAGGAGCAAAGAUUCAUGCGGCGGAAGGCCACCAGGCUGAUUGUACUGAUCCUUGUGAACUUCCUUGUGGCUUUCAUGCCAUACCAUAUUAGCCGCUUUAUCUACAUUGAUAGUCUGUUUCGCAGAGGUGAUAUGGCUUCAUUUGUACUUUGCAAUCGCAUCACUUCCUCUCUUACUUGCAUCAGUGGAGUUUUGGAUCCUGUCAUGUAUUUUUUUCUCGCCAAAACCUACCGAAACACAUUACUUCAGCUUUUCCAUCGGAAUAAGUCGAGCACAACAUAAUUUAAAACACAAGAUAGCCAACGCAUUCUUAUGCAAAUCGUAUCAUUUUAUUUAAUGUGAAUGCUUAUAAUUUGUUUUUUGAAUUUUAUAUUGUUUUUUUGUUUGUUUUGCUUUGUUAUUUAACAAUGUGGUAGGCAUGUAGUUGUAGUGCUUACAUUGUAGCAUGCUGAUAAAUUAGAACAGUGAAUUUCAUUCCUUGACUGGAAAUCAUCCAGUCAACAAUGACAAGUAAAAGCACAAUUCUGCACUGGGAACAAUUACGGUCUCCUUAGUAAACAAUUAAUACACAGUAAAAUAUUCAGUGUUGUUUCAAGUACAUGAGCUCAGUAGGAACAUAUGUACCGUUCUACUAAUGUCUAAUGUACUGUUAUUAUUUUUCUUUUUUUCUUUUGUUUAGAAGUAGAAAGUAUGAACCAGCAUGUACAAACAUGUGCUAACUUUCUAAAUGCAGAUAAAGUUUAAAAAAUGUUUUAAUAUACGCUGAAUUUAUACAUUAAAACACUUCUGUUAAAAAAAAAUUGUAUACAUUGAAAAAUACCUCUGGUGUGCUUUUUUAUAAUAAAGAAAAUAAAAAAGGCUAACCACAAGGAUAGCCUUCACGUAUGAAAUGCAAUGAUGUAAUACAACAGUCCUGCAGUAGUACUGUUAGACUACACAGCUAGGCUAUACAAUUAAAAUUACAAUAUAAAAUAAGUACACAGCGUGUGAUUAUUGCAGUAGGCUACAAUGCACAUUAUGUCGUGCCUCGUUUCACGUGUGGUAGAACUUCGCGAUUAGUGACAAAGUAUCUUGUUUUUGUGUUGCACCAAGUCACCUGUAACAAAGUAUCGCAAUUAUCUGUAACAAACUAACCAAUAGUUAAUUCACAAUGAAGCUGCCCCAAAUGGGUGAUCAACACCAACUUAAGCAUUUAGUUUAUUUUCAUUUUAAUCAAGCUA